AUGGCGGCCCUAGCUGUGCCUCGCCUGGCCAUGUUUGGCUGCUUUUCAACAAGGCCUAUUUCAGUGUUUGCUGUUCAUCAGAGGAGUCUGCACAACAGUGCAAAAAGCGAGAAUACCACCACGAGUGUGGUUCCAGUCAGAGAGAAGAGCACGGCAGUGGCAGCAGCCAAACCAGCAGCUGUAGCCAGCAGCAAGGGGGAGUAUGUUAUCACUAAGCUGGACGACUUGGUGAACUGGGCACGCAGGAGCUCUCUGUGGCCCAUGACCUUCGGCCUGGCAUGCUGCGCCGUGGAGAUGAUGCACAUGGCGGCGCCUCGUUACGACAUGGAUCGCUUCGGAGUGGUGUUCAGAGCGAGUCCCCGACAGUCUGAUGUCAUGAUCGUGGCGGGAACGCUGACAAAUAAGAUGGCUCCGGCUCUGCGGAAGGUGUAUGACCAGAUGCCUGAGCCCAGAUACGUCAUUUCCAUGGGAAGCUGUGCUAACGGAGGAGGCUACUACCACUACUCCUACGCUGUCGUCAGAGGUUGCGACCGAAUCAUACCGGUGGACAUUUAUGUUCCAGGUUGCCCCCCCACUGCAGAGGCUCUCCUCUACGGGACUUUACAGCUGCAGAAGAAAAUCAAACGUGAGAAGAAGAUGAAAAUCUGGUAUCGGAAGUGAAAUGUAUUAUGUUUUUGUGUUUGUAUCUGGUAUGUAAAUGCUGUAUAUCUGUUUUCAUUUGGAGCGCUGCUCCUCCUCCAUGUAGAGCUGCAGGAACGAACCUCAAUAAAACCAUUAUUGUAAUUUA